AUGCACCCAGCGUUCCUACUUCCAGAGAUCCUCCAAGAAAUCUUCAACUAUCUCGAUCCGGAGCCGGAUGCGCCAUUCGCACGAUUUGAGCCGGUCUCGUAUAGCACGCGUCAGCGUAGGCCAUCGCGCAACCACACCUUGACUUGUCUUGCCAGGACAUGUAAGGCGUUUCUAGAUACAGCUUUGGGAGAACUGUGGGCAUCGUCGGAUCCAGGUCGCUUGCUCCAGACUCUUGAUAAUCGUUUGUUGAUUGAAGGCAGGAAGGUACUGGUCAGACCCAGCCCAAGGGAACGGUGGAUCGUUGACUUGGAAUCCUUCACAGAGUCUGAUUGGGACGCUUUUCACCGCCAUUCACACCUCGUGCGGGAGCUGCAUCUUGGAGCAGGUGUUCACGUCAACAGCCCGGCCUUGCGCGUCCUCGCCUCUCCACCGUCGAACCUUAAACUCACCUUCCCAAGGCUUACACGACUUUGCAUCGAUGACUUCUACCCCGUUCUUCUACCGCAUUGGCUGCUCUUCAUGUCUCCCUCUCUUCAGAGUCUCGACGUGCGCAGUUACAGGCAUAACACCGAUGCGCUGAUUCCCCUACUCACAUCAAUACCGGACCUCUGCCCGCAUCUCGAACACUUGGUAAUCCGCUUGAGGACAUAUAGCGAUACUGCAUUCAUCGAGGAUGAUUAUGGCCACUGUCGCGGGUCAUUCAUCGAUGUACUUUCGCUCAUUGUGCCGCAACUGCAGUCUCUCAAGUCUUUGAGGGUGCCAGAUCUAACAGGAACAGCCAUGACAGACCUACCUUCUAGAAUAAAGAGACUAAGCCUAGACUCGGCUCGAAACAUAACGACUCUAUCAACCAUUCGGCUAGAUGACUUAUGUUCCCUCCAUUUGGGUUCGCCUGAGUCCCUGGACGUCGCACCAUUGAAAAUUGACGAACUCUUAUCCAUCAUUCCCUGCUUCUCCAGAUGCCCGCCGAUGAUCUCAUUCACUUCAGCGCUCCCGUUUUCGCCUCAAGCAUCCCACCAAUUCUUCUCUCUCCUUCCAGAUCCUCCUGAAUGCAAUCUGCAAGCGCUCAGGAUGGACCCUCGCGGAUACACGAUGGAGAGAGACGGCACAGUUAUGCUGAGCAACCUUCAGCCCCUCUUUCGUUACACGUCCCUAUGCACGUUCAUCUGGUACUUCUCCGCACCCAUCGCUCUCACAGAUGACGACUUCUUGCAGCUAGCAGCCGCAUGGCCAAAUCUCGAGGAACUCACGAUGAUCUGGCCAUUUUCCCCGAGUCCGGAGAGCAACCUGAGCUAUCGAGGGCUGUUCGCCUUUGCUACUGCAUGCCGCCACCUGCGCUUUCUCGAAGUGGCGUUAGACUCGGAACGGCGCGGGGGUGUACCAUUAGGGUCGCUAGACAAUGGGUUACCAUUGAGCGAUACGCUCGAGUCGUUGAAGCUGGACUCGCAGCAUGUCUCUCUUGAGAAUGUUGCAGCGUUCUCUGUCGUACUCGCGCUGGCAUUUCCAAGGCUAAGACAUGUGUACCUGUGGGCGUUGGAGGGUUCGCGUUACUUAGGGCAUGACAUCGCUAACGCACUUGAUGGGCUAAGGGCUAUGAGGCGCAGCGGAGAGAUGUUCUCAUUGACUACGGAGAAGUUGAAGGAGAGGGUGGCGAUGUUCUUUGUGAGAGACUAA